CAUCACUCCACUAUAUUGCAAGUCAUUCAUUUAUCGACGUCUCGUCACUGCGGUCGAACCUCUCGGCCCACGUUUUCACAGGGAUUCCUUCGUUCCUUCCCAGAUAAGGGAACCUGUGCUGGACUCUAGUCCGGUUGGCAAGAAGCGUCGUGCAGCACCCUGGGUCCGCCUCGAUCCACCUGGCAGAACCCUUUUCUCUAUCAGUCGUACUGACAGUACCGUUGAAAUUCCUCAUUUCGACGCGUAGGUGGAAUCUCUUAAAGCGACGCGUGUCGUAUAACGAGGAGGAUAAGGAGUAGCGUAUAAGGAGGAUAUCAUGGCGGCCGAUGCGGUGGCGGAGGCGGUGAGCGGGCUGUGGCCGCUGAACGAGGGCUCGCGACAGAAGAUCGUCGAUCGCAUCAGCACGAACCUCGUCAGCAUAUGCUUCUCCAAGGACAAGUCCCAGCGCGUAGACGACAGUGUGGCGCGCAGCCUGGCAGUGAGGAUCGAGUCGGAGGCCUUCGCGGCGACGCAGGAGCGCGCUAAGGAAGGGGGUGGAGCGGCGGUGAAGGGCAGCGCGCUGGUGAUGAUCUACGCGCGGCACGCGAGCGAGCUGAUGGUGGACGCGUUCAAGAAGGAGAGGAGCAAGGGGGGGGCUGGGGAGGAGGCGGUUACUGAGUUUGACAUCUCCGGAGGCAAGCGGGAAGCGCUGAGCAAGGAAGAUGCGGAGAAGCUUCUCGCGCCCUUGCUAAGACCCAACAACGGCUGCAAGAAGGUGAAACUGAGCAGCAAGGCUUUUACGCUGGAGGCUGCUGAGGUGGCGCACCAGGCGCUGACCAAUGCGAGGGACACGCUGACUCAUGCUGACCUCAGCGACAUCAUUGCCAGCCUUCCUGAGGAGGAGGCCCUUCAGGUGAUUACAAAGGUCACAUCAGCGCUGGAGGGGUGCAAGCUGGAGUCCCUCAACCUCUCUGACAAUGCGUUUGGGGAGAAGGGCGUUCGCGCUGCUGCCAUCGCGCUCACCUCCCAGCCCUCCCUCCGUCACCUCUACUUCUGCAACAACGGCAUCUCCAAGGAGGCAGCGGCGGCCAUCAAGGAACUCCUGCCGGCCCAGGCAGUGGCUUCCCUGGAGACCCUCCACUUCUUCAACAACAUGUCGGGUGAUGCUGGCGCCGCUAUCCUCGCAGACGUGGUCAGGGACGCUGGUGGGCUCAAGGACUUCCGAUUCGCGUCCACUCGAGUGGGGACAGAUGGCGGCAGGGCAUUGGCCGACGCCAUUGCUGCAAACUCCACGCUAGAGCGCCUGGACCUGAGGGACAACAUGUUUGGGGAGGAGGGCGGCGCUGCUCUGGCGUCGGCUCUCAAGCACCACCCCAACCUGAAGCAGCUGAUGCUGGGAGACACGGCCCUAGGGGACGACGGCGUGGCGGACCUCCUGGAAAGCCUUGCACAGUCGACACCAGCGCUCGAGGUGCUGGAGCUGGGCGGCAACGACUUGUCUGAGGAGGGCGCAGGGCGGAUUGCAGAGUGCCUGAAGCCGUUCAGAGCGCUGAAAAAGCUGGUGCUGUGCGACAACGAGCUGGGGGAUGAAGGGGUGGCGACCAUUGCUGCCAUUAUCCCCGACAAUCUAAUAUCCCUUGAAGAGGUGGACCUCUCCACCAAUGAUUUCGGCCGAAAGGGUGCUGAAGCAGCGGCUCGGGCAGUCAAAGAUUUGGAGGGCUUCAAGCUUCUCACCAUCAACGGCAACCACAUCUCAGCAGAUGGCAUCCGGGCAGUUAAAGAAAUUUUGGGAAUUCCCGUCGAGGAUGGGGAGGAGGGUGAUGGUGGGAAGGGCGUUUUAGGGCUGUUGGAUGAGAAUGAUGACGAGGGGGAGGAUGAAAAUUAGAUAGGGAUUGGUGUUUCAUUAAACAACACUACCUAUGUCAGGCAUUCUCUUCAAUUACAGUGCUUGUACUGAGCUUCAAUUAAGCUUUAUUGAAAAA